CCCCCCCCCCCUAAAGAAAACAAAAAAAAGAAAGAAAGUCUGAGAGAGGGAGAAAGGACUAACUGCUACACCUUUUGAAUGGCCAUAAGCAGAGAACAGACGUCUGGUAUAAGCUGAUGUUGUAAAAACAAAAAAACGAGAAGUGGGAGAAACUUUGGGAACUUCAAAAAGUGGCAGACUUAUAAAAUAUUUACUGCAUUGGAUGGUACACCUAGUGAGGACGGCCAUGUUGUUUUUAAUUGGUUUGUUAACAUAAUGGCACAUAAAUUUUGCAUUUUGGUGGGAUAGAAUUUAUUUUGGUGCACAAUAAAGUAGGGGGCUGGGGGCAUGCUUCCCAGGGAAAAUCUAAACUUUCUGAACAUCAGAAACACAGGUUUUUGGCAUUCUGGUAGCAGGGUGCAAAGAAAGUCAGUUUUACAGCCUGCCAUUCGGGCAAGCCGUAGCUAGUAUGUACUAGCCCACAAGUCAUUUCAACUAGCCUCAAAACCCUUUUUGAUUAGCAGGAUUGAUUACAAUCCUUCUGUAAUUUUAAUUUCCCCAAAAAACAGCACUUGCCCUUCGGGCAACUUAAGAACAAAAAUUACUACCCCAAUAGCAAAAUCCACUGGCCCGGGCUAUUGGACAUGACUUUCUUUAAUUUGCACGCUGGGUAGACUGGACAUCGACUGGUGCAUCAAGUCCUUCAAGCCAUUGGAUACAUGUAGGUGUUAAUUGAAUAAGUGGUCAGGUAUGCAUGCUAACAAUUAUCCCGGGAACAAAGUUACAUGUAUCAAUAUAAUUAUAUUAUAUAUUUUAUGAGUAACUGAUUUGUCAUGUGGUAAAAUGUUUGACAUGGAUUUUUUUGAAUGAAAUAGGAAAUGAAAGCUCAGCACCUCCUUCAGUGAGUCAAUUGAGACUAGGUAAAGUACUUUAACUUGUAUUUACGGGCUCCGUACUUGGUUUUUGGAUGGGGAAUAUUUUUUAAAUACAUGUGUGUUUUGUAAUAUCUUCCAUAUUUUAUAAUUUAUUCUGACAGUUGCUUUCCACAGUGCUGUUCCAUUUAUUGGGUUUGGACUCUUGGAUAAUGCUAUAAUGAUUAUCGCAGUGAGUAAUAAAUAUUGCUUGGAGAAACCGUACAAUAUUAUUAAAAAAGAUGUGUAUAUUGCUCAUUUCCUUCAUCACCAAUUAAAAUUAAGUUUUCCUGGUUAAAGCACUAUACAUGUAGAUGCAGGUUUUCUGAUUUGGUGCAAAAAAUAUUGGAAAAUUUCCAGAUGAGUAUAUGAGCAAUGCCCAUCUGGUCACUUUAUUUUGCAGCAAAUUAUUGUGUAUAUAAUUAUCACUUUUAAGAUUUCUUAUCGAUUACAAUGCAGAUUUGUGUAGUGAUAUUAAUCUCUCUGGGUAAAAUUGCAAUCGUUGCAUAAAAUCACGUAUAUAUACAUAUGUAGCUGGAUGCUAGCUGUCAUAAACAACCAUCCAGCCUCCUGUAAGUGUGCAAUCCCUGCAACCACCUAUAGCCUUAGGAUUUUCGGUUGUUGCUUCAAGAGGUUCAACUAAUUUUGUCUUUCGUGUAGAAAAAAUUAAAAAUUUUUGGUGAUUGCAGUAUAACCACCUGUAAUACUUUAUUCAAGGUUCAUUUCUGCCAGAAAUUCAUGGGAUGUGUUUCUGGUGGAAACUUCAAAUGUGCUGCAUCUCCACAUUAAUCUCUGUUUAAUUCUAGUACAUUCCCAAAUUCUCUAAGCUUUCUUGUCAGAUCCUAGCACUUUACUUUUCCAAUGGCAUCAUGUUUUAAAAUUAUUCCAAAAAAUUUCCUUGUUGGAUCUUUUUUUAACCACAUAUCACCAUUACCUGCCCUUGAAAACUGUCAUGUGUCUGCUUUAAAAGGGCUUGCGACUGUCUUGAGUUAUAUUUUUUCAGGGAGAAUAUAUAGAUUACACUAUUGGAAUGACUCUUGGGAUUUCAACAAUGGCAGGUUAGCACUGAAGCCCUUUUUUCUUUUUAUCUUCUAUUCCUUAUUGACUAUGUAUCCAUUCUUCUCUAAUAUGCUUUUUUAUAACGAUAAUUAUUAUAUUCUCUGGCCCUAGAUUACAUGGCUAAAACUUUAAGGCUUGUACAGACUAGUCUAGAAAUCACAUCACCAAGGCACAAUUUUGAAUUUUUAUUUCUUGGUGUUACAAGUACACUAUGGUCUAUCAGAAAGUAGUUACAUGUAAUACUUUGGUUACUCAGGUUUUUUGUAAUCUGUUGAAUGUAUUUUAUGUAGGUUUUAAUUUUUUAAAAGCUGAUUAUUAAUAAGUUGUUUGUUUUGCAUCUUGUUUUAAGCUGCUGCCCUGGGUAAUAUUGUGUCUGAUGUCUCUGGAAUAGGGUAAAUUGAACUUCAGUUAUUUACAUGUAGGUUUCUGUCUUUUUUUGUUUGCAAAAAUAUUUAAUUGUGGCAAUUUUAUAGCAUACAUUUUUGUACUUCAGCGUAGUCCAUUUCUCUUUUGUAUGCAAUAAGAUUUGGCUGUGACUACAUGUACUUUUAUGAUAUUAUUUUUAAGUGUAGUUUGCAUGAUCACAAAUAUUUUUUUGAAUGAAUUAUUUUCUCCUUAACUAAUAAUAAUAAUUCUGAGAUUCUACAAUAUAAUAAUAUAAGUAAUAAUAUCUUUAUUAAUUACGGGAACUUCUUAGGCUCAUAUAAGUUGAAAGUUAUUUUCUAAAACAUUAUAGACAAUCCGAAUGACAUGAUGGUUCAACUAAGGUUAUCUUUGAUACUCAUAAGGGUAGAUAUAUUGAAGAGAAUGCUGUUGGGAAAGUGGAUGCUUUUUUUGUGUAUCUUAGAUUAGGGCUACUGUACUAACAAUGUUAUUAGGGAACUUAAGAUACGCCAUUUUUCUCUGGGGUAUGGAUAGUAAACAUGAUUUCUGAGAUUUUAUUUGUUAAUGAUGUCGUUUUUCUACCCAGUAGCUUAGCUGUUUCUCCUGUUAAGGGGCAAUCACCCCGGUACCCAAAUUAAUUGGCUAUUGGUAGGGUUAAUUUGCCAAUGCCCUCCCACGGAAAUGGUGUAUCUUAAGGUCUCUAUUGUUAAGAGCUCUAUCACAAUGUUCUUUAUAAAAGUUAAUUUAUGGAUGUGUUGUGAAACAGUUGCUUUCAGGCUUGUUCGAGAUUAUAAUUAUUUUUAAAAUCAGGUGCUAUGUUAAGGUGGCAAUGUAGCCAUACAUUCAUUGUACCUGAUAAUGGUAAAAUGAAAUAUAAAGUUUAUAAUAUUGAUCGAGAUAUGUGUUUGAGUGUCUGAUUACACGUAUCUUUCUUUUUAUUUCACAGCCUUGCUCAUUAUGUUGAGGCUGCAACCAAUAGACUUGGAUUUCAAAGUCCUAAACUCAGUUCAAACCAGGCGGAGAUGCCAAGAACAAGAUUUGUAACGAAUUUGGUGAGGCUUCUACAGUUAUUUACUUUACACAAGUCUUAUAUGUACUAUGUAACUUUUUGUUACAUUACUAUGUAACAAUUUUUUUUCUGCACCAGUAUCACAGAAGUCAAGGGUUUGAAUCCCAUGCAUGCCUGAAUUUUUUUUUUCAGGCUCUCUUUUCGCAACUGCAAAAGUUGCGUCUAUAACUGCGAUGAUCUGCUUUCAUAUAACAAUCUAGUGUAGUAUCAACUUUAUUUUUUUGUUUUUUUCACGUUACAGAUUUGGUUAACAAUAAUAUAUAGAAAAAAACAGUUUAUUUAUAUAGCGCCUUUUCUGCUGGCUUCUAAAGGUGCUUUAUAUGCUAUUCAAAAUCUUAAAAAGUAAACUGAACUAUCUAAAAACUGUAAACAGCCCACAGGAAAAGUCCACACUGACUAAAAUUAAUAAAUGAUUCAAUAAAAAGCUUUCUUAAAUUAAUAAAAAGAUAUGUGUACCUCUUAAAAAGUGCUCUAGAUUAGCACGCCUCUCUCACAAGUUAAAUUCUGUUUAAAUUGUAGGGAAGAGCAUUUGGAAUUGUUGUGGGAUGUUUUGUUGGAAUGUUCCCAUUGCUUUUUUAUGGAGAUAAAGAGGAACAAGAAGAAAAAGACAGUAGAGAGACAAUAGAUAAUAUGAACUAAAACUAGAUUAGUAAAAUACUUAAUAAGAUUUAAAACCAGUUCAUUAUAAGUCCAUUAUUCACACACCAAACGUCACGGGCAUACUUUGAUAAGGUAAUGAUAAUCACGUGACCAGUACAGUCAGUUCAAGCGCAAUUUAUAACAUUUCAUUAAAAUAUAUAUAGUACAGUUAGAUUCAUACUCUUGUAUUUCUUUCCUGUUCUUAAAAAUUUUCGCGCUUUCAGCAACUUUUUGAGGAAAAUUUUUCAAUUGCUUAAAUAAUUUUACGUGCAGUAGACGCACAAUGUAUUUAUGCGACAAACUGCAUACUUUUUAAGCUUUCGGGCUUUCCAACUACAAGUAAACAAUGGGUUAACGUGCACGUCACUCCCCAAUGAAAUGUAUAACUCAGGAUCUUCAUGGACUUUAUCAUUGUUGUCAAAAUUAUUCCUCAAGUAAUUUUUAUUGAUUUAAAUAAAGUUGAUGCAGGGGGUUUU